GUUCGAGUUUUGUUUUGUUCUGUCUGUAACUGCAACUCAAGCAAGUUUUCCUGCCUGCACCGUGACCGUCUUCGGUGUAAGUAAAAUAAUCUUUAAUCAACCGCUAAGCGUCUGUGCCUAAUUCUAGCCUGCCGGCCUGCAUUCCCCAACCCGCGUGCCAGGGCUGCUGGCCACAGCCCGCCGUGCGCCCCCGAGAACCUCGGACCGCUCCCGGCCUGCACAUGGCGACGAGGAUGGGAUCAGGGGAAGGCACGCUGGAGCUAGAAUUAGUUAAGAACUGCCCUUGGCGCAGUGGAAAACGCCAAGUAGAAAGCUUUAUGGAACUGGAGGCGCAUAUCGCUUACCACCAGGCGGGCGGAACGGGAGAGAGGUUUAUCAGCGGACGUCUUUCGCUGAAGGGAGAAGAGGGAGCUUCCGAAGACGGAGCCCCGAGAGAGAGGGAAGUGUACCUGCACCCUGCGGCAUUCGGGUGUAUAAUGAGUGAUGAGCGGGUCCUGUUCAGGCCCCUCGACACUGUGUCCCUCACCAGAGUCAACCCGGCGGGCGCAGUAAACCCGACCCUCACCCGGGAGUGUGCCCGUUGCCUAAGAUGUGCUCGGGAGAGUGAAGAACCGGUGCCAAUCAACUGGUUCGCCCCCUUUAUGCUGGCUUCUAGAUUAAGGGGUCGCGAGCUUCCAUCCGAGCUCCGCGAAGAUCUGGAGACAGAGGAACGCAUCGCGGAUGAGAGGGUGGCCCCACAAUAUGACAAGGGGGGAGUGUUAACUGCAACUUUUUGCACUGUAACCGAUCUAAUGCAAAAGAAUUUAAGUUUAAAAGCCCAGCUGCGUAUGCCCGUUCAAGCGAUCAAAGAAGUGGCUGCGAAAGAGAAUCCUGAAACGCCACGACAAGAUGGCGCCGAGCAAGAGGGAGACCGCGUGGAAGAACCGGAAGAGAAGGGUGGAGCUUCGGAGGAACCCGCGAGAGUUCGGCCAGCGACCCUGCCUGCCAACGCAGUGUCGCUUCCGGCAACCAUGCCUUCAUGCCAACGGAAGGGAGAAUCGAGCGGAGGAGCGCAUCCUCCCCUCCUGCCUGAAGUACUAACAGCAGCAAUGACUCCCGCAGCAGCAAUGACUCCCGCGGCAGUAGUUCAGCCUGUAACAACAUCGACUCCCGAAAGAGCAGCUUGUCCUGUAACAACGAUCAACCCAGUGACUGAUGCACAAGAUGCCGCCACCAGUCGCAUUCGUGCUUGGACGGACUUACAGGAGCUGUACAGAGAAUCUGAAAUGGAGUCUGACGAGGCUAUAGUCUCAUGGCUGGAACUCAUGUCCAUGGAGUUUGAGCUUGACUAACCGCCCUAUUGUGUGUGGAAACUUUGUAAAUAUUUUGCUAUACGUUGACUUAUUUUUUGAGAGUUUUGUUUACAGAUUCGGAAUUCAGAGUGCGUGGCGGAGAGAAGCCACAAGAAGGAUAACAUCGUCAGAAGAAGUGAGGGCCUGACGCGCGACUUCGCCAUGACGCCCACUGAAGCCCUGAUCAUGCAGUUCUUUGUUCUGAAUCUGAUUACGUGUAUAUGUAUUUGUGUUGGUUAUUAUUUGAUUCGAUCCCUUGAGGACGAACUUCUUAUGUUAGUGAAUUUUGUGUUUACCCGUUUAGUUCGACGACCCGUGGUAAGAGCUCUUGAUCACCCGAGUGACGAGCGUGUAGCGUAAUUCAGCUGUGCCUUCAGCAAGGGGGGAUGUCACAACCCAAGGGUGUGAUUUUGUGUGUGUGUGUGUUUCGGCACUGCUAAAUUAUUUCCCACCACUCGGAGCUUUCUUUGCAGGAUGCAUUUCUUAGUUGCAAAGAGAAAUGCACGGUGCAAAGGAGUUCCUGCCACCCGCAUGCAAAUUUGUGUCCCACUAUUGGCCAGUUUUAAAUUAUUCCCACGUGGCGGCUAGUGAUUGGCUUGCUAGCUGUAUAAGAGGCUUGAGCGGUUUCCGCCCAAGAUGGAGGACUCCACAACUAUCUGGAGGAGGAGGACUUCACGUCUUGUGAAGAUCUUUAAGUGCUGCGGAGCCUAUUGGACCCAGUGUGUACCUUGAGAAGGCUAUAGGGGUCUGAUCAACCUCUGGCCUCUCCCCAUCGCCGAACGAUCCCUCGACGAACCCCUUCCCUGCGCGCAAGUUCCACGGAGCCUAGCAAACUUCGUGUGAGUGUAUCCAGAGCUCUGUCCGGGUUCGAGUCCUGCAGGUUUAUCUUCCCGUCGCCGAAAACCCAUUGUGACGUACUCUUGUGCCCUGCAGGUUCGAGUUUUGUUUUGUUCUGUCUGUAACUGCAACUCAAGCAAGUUUUCCUGCCUGCACCACGACCAUCUUCGGUGUGGCGUCUCCAGCCCACGCUGCCUGGCCCCAGCUGGAUAUAAGCGCGGCUGAUAAGUCUCGGUGGUGGUUUCACCGCGCAUGCUCCUUCUUGCUUUUCAAGCUCUGCAGAGGAGAAGAAAAGUGUUGGCAACUCUGAACGGCCACACCGACCGCGUCAACUGCUUGCAGUGGAUUCGCAGAAGAGACGGCGCUGCUGAGACAGAAUUAAUUUCUGGAGGAACUGAUAAACGACUCAUUGUUUGGGAAAUACAGAAUAUUCAGCUUGUGAAAUGCAUUCACUUGGAAGGCCACACAGAUGCUGUUUGUGCUGUAGAUGCUUUGUACCAGACAGAUGAGUUAAAUCUGCUAAUAGCUUCUGCAGCAUCUGACUCGACUGUCAGAAUCUGGACUAAGAAGGGGUCAGAAGCUAACUGCAUUCAGACUUUGCAGUUUGGAAAUGGAUUUGUUAUGGAUGUCUGCUUAUCCUUCUUGCCUGGCAGCGAUGUACCAGUCUUAGCUUGUGGUGGUGAUGACUGCAAAAUUAAUUUGUAUGUACAACAGAAUGGACAGUUUCAAAAAAUGAUAAUACUCCAUGGCCAUGAAGACUGGAUAAGAGGCAUUGAAUGGACAGUCUGUGGUGAAGAUCUUUUCUUAGCAAGCUGUGCUCAGGACUGUUUGAUAAGAAUCUGGAAAGUGCAUGCAAAAUCAAUGCAGUCUUUGAAAAUCAAUGAUGAUGACUCUAUAAGGCUGAAGGAGAACAUUUUUACUGUUAAAAAUAAAAAUGCUGAGACAACGUAUGCAGUUACUCUGGAGUCAGUAUUAGCUGGCCAUGAAAACUGGGUGUAUGCAGUUCACUGGCAGCCUUCAUUUUUCAAAGAUGGCAGCAUUCAUCAACCAAUGAGACUACUGUCUGCAUCAAUGGACAAAACUAUGAUCUUGUGGGCUCCAGAUGAUGAAUCUGGAGUAUGGCUAGAACAGGUACGAGUAGGAGAAGUAGGUGGUAACACACUUGGAUUUUUUGACUGUCAGUUCAAUUCAGAUGGCUCAAUGAUUCUCGCUCAUGCUUUCCAUGGAGCACUGCAUCUUUGGAAACAGACUCCAGCUAACAAGAAAGAAUGGACUCCAGAAGUUGUGAUUUCUGGGCACUAUAACUCUGUACAAGAUUUACAGUGGGAUCCAGAAGGGGAAUUUAUCAUCACUGUUGGUUCUGAUCAAACUACUAGACUAUUUGCUCCCUGGAAAAGAAAACACCAGACAGAGAUAACGUGGCAUGAAAUCGCAAGACCUCAAGUCCAUGGAUAUGACAUCCAGUGUUUGGCCAUGAUUGGCCGAUUUCAGUUUGUGUCUGGAGCAGAUGAAAAAGUGCUUCGAGUCUUUAGUGCGCCAAAGACUUUUGUGGAAAACUUUGGUAACAUCACUGGCAUUUUGAUGGAGAACCUGUAUUUCAAUCAAGACACUGACCUUCCAGAAGGUGCAACUGUACCAGCUUUGGGGUUGUCCAAUAAAGCCAUCUUUCAGGGAGACAUAGCAGCUCAACCAGCUGAGGACAAGGACAAAUUUAAUAGCAUUUCUGAUCAGUAUCCUGAGAUUUACUUUCAACCCUUGAUCCUUACAGAACCUCCCACAGAAGAUCACUUGUUGCAGAAUACAUUAUGGCCUGAAGUUCAAAAGCUAUAUGGACAUGGCUAUGAAAUUUUUUGUGUUGCAUGCAACAAUUCAAAGACUUUAAUUGCUUCAGCAUGUAAAGCUUCUAAAAAAGAACAUGCAGCAAUUAUUUUGUGGAGCACCACUUCUUGGAAACAGCUGCAAAGUUUAUCUUUUCACAAUCUGACUGUUACCCAGUUAGCAUUUUCUCCUGAUGAUAAAUUCUUAUUAGCAGUUUCUCGAGAUAGGAAUUGGUCACUGUGGAAAAACCAAGAUAAACCAUCCCAUUUGGAACCAGUUUUCAGUCUGUUUGCAUACGCAGAUAAAAACACAGCUGUGCAUAGUCGAAUUAUUUGGUCUUGUGAUUGGACCCCAGAUAGCAAGUAUUUUAUUACUGGAAGCCGAGACAGAAAGGUCGUGAUCUGGGGUGAGUGCGAUGCAACCAGAACUACUGAAGGGAGGGCAUUAGAUAAGAUCAAGCCAUGUUCUACAGUAAUGGAUGCUGGAGAUUCAGUCACUGCAGUCAGCAUCAGCCAAGUACUUGCUCCUGACAAAAGCUACAUUAUUGCAAUAGGGUUAGAGUGUGGGAAGAUUAAUGUGUACACGUGGAAGCAGUGUGAGGAGAAAUCAGCAUUAAAUGACUGGACCAAGUGUCUUGAGACUGACAACAGCCAGAGUCACACUCUUGCUCUCAAACGGCUACACUGGAGAAAUUGUGUGGGCAGAGCUGGGCAUGAUGACCAGAACAGCAGUGAAUGGUUGCAGCUUGCAAGUUGUGGAGCUGAUCACUUUGUAAAGAUAUUCAAUAUUAACAGAUACGCUCUUUAGCUGAGUUAGCUGACACAGACAAAUAAAAUUAAUUUGCAGCUCUGUAUGUCAUGUUUGUUUUUUACCAGUUGACUCUUAAAUGUUCAUUUUCUAUUGCAAAAACAGGAAUGCCUGACAAUUGUAUUGAUCUAAUUUAUUAAAACAUCUUGAGUAACAGCCAA